AUACUUUUUUAAGUAAUUCAAGAUCAUUGACCGCACACUGCUCCGAAUACGGCAUAACUGUUUAUCUAAAAAUUAUUUAUAAAAUAUUCUACAAUGGGUUUCAUUGUAGGCUCUUUAAAACGAAUAUUAAAGUUAAUCGUUUACUUUGCUUUCGUAGUAACUUUAGUCCUUAUAGUGCCUAAUUUGCCGCCUUAUACAAAGUUUACUAGCAUACAGUCGGUCCCAACAAAAGAAAGGACUGGUGAGCUGACUCCAAACACUGCGUUAAAUAAUGCCGAAAAGUUAUAUGAACAUAAAAUAUUGGGUCCUGAGAAUUUCCAAAUAUGGAAAGGCGAACUUUACACAUCCCUAGGUACUGGUGAGAUUGUCAAGUGCUCACCAGGUGGACACGUUACUUUUGUUAUCAAAAUUGGUAAACCAUGUACUGGAUUAUCCCAAGAGCAUAUUUGUGGUCGUCCCCUUGGUUUUUCGAUUGAUGAAAAAAAUGGAUUAAUGUAUGUAGCAGAUGCAUACUAUGGCAUCUGGAAAGUUGAUCUGAAGACUGAUAAAAAACAAGUAUUGGUGUCAGCUGAUAAACCCAUUGAAGGCAAGAGUCCAAAGCUGUUCAAUUCUUUAGUUGUUGAUAAAAAAGGUGGAAUAUACUUUACAGAUUCUAGCAGCGAAUUCUUUUUAAAUGAUGGAGUAUUUACUAGUCUAUCAGAUCCGUCAGGAAGAUUAUUUUAUUACAAUUCUGAAUCAAAGAAAACUAAAGUAUUGGUGGAAAAUAUUUGGUUUGCAAAUGGAGUAGUAUUAUCUCCAGAUGAGAGCUUUGUAGUUGUAGCUGAAACAUUUAACUACCGUCUUUUAAAGCACUACAUAAGUGGACCGAACAAGGGAAAGACUGAAGUUUUUGUAGAUGGACUACCAGGAACUCCUGAUAAUCUACGGGCACUUCCGGAUGGAUCUGGCGUACAAAUUGCAAUGUUUGCAGUAUCUGAUAUUGAUACACCCAUAAUAACAAAGAGUCUAUCAAGCACUCCACACUUAAGAAAGUUUAUAUCUCGCAUAGCACAUCUUAUAGAACUGCCUUUUUCAUACCUGAAUCAAAAAUUUCCACAUCCUAUUUUGGAAGAAAUAGUGUACUAUAUUGGCUCAUUUGCAAGCAUAUCAGGUCUUACUGACAUGUCAGGCCUAAUUAUAACUGACUGGAAUGGAAAUAUUGUUGCAUCAUUUUACAAUACUGAUAAGAGUGUGGCCCAUAUCAGUGAUGCCAUAGUCUAUAAUGACAAGUUGGUAUUGGGAUCCCCACACUCUCAAGAUUUUAUUGGAGCUGUUGAUAUACCUCUGUUUUUAAAACAAGCAUAUAAGGGACGAAGACCUGAGGAACAGAUGUCUUCUAAACAAGCUAAGCCUACUGUUAAAGAAACUCCAAAAGCAACAGAGAGGGCAACUUCACAGAAACCGCAAACCCAACAACCUACCCAGAGACCUGACUUAAAACAGACACAACCAGAAACCAAAUCAACUACACAAAAACCUGAAACUAAACCAAUUACACAAAAAUCUGACACCAAACCAACUACACAAAAACCAGAAACCAAACCAACUACGCAAAAAGCUGGAACUAAACCAACUACGCAAAAAGCUGAAACUAAACCAACUACGCAAAAAGCUGAAACUAAACCAACUACACAAAAGCCUGAAACUAAACCAACUAAAAAACCUGAAACUAAACCAACUAUACAAAAACCUGAAACUAAACCAACUACACAAAAGCCUGAAACUAAACCAACUACACAAAAACCUGAAACCAGACCAACUACACAAAAACCUGAAACCAAACCAACUACACAAAAACCUGAGACCAAACCAACUACUCAAAAACCUGAAACCAAACCAACUACACAAAAACCUGAAACUAAAUCAACAGGCAAGUCUGCAGCUUCACCAGGCAAAGAAAAUAAAAGUGAACCUUCAAAAGUAAAAGUAUCAGAAAUUAAGAAAACAGAAGCCACAUCAUCUGAAAAUGUCAAAGAUAAGCCAAAAUUAAGUAAGGAAAAUAAGAAUGAAGCCAAGAAAGUUGCCCCUAAUCACAUUCCAAUUGAAGAAGAAAUUAUGUCUGACACUGUGAAACCAAGUAAGGACAGAUUAAAAGUAAUAAAGAAGAGUGGACCAGAAGAAAUUCCAAAUCCUCUUUAAGAAACUUAGUAUAAAUUAGUUUGUUAUAUUUUUUAUUAAUCUCAAAAUUUUAAGUAUUCUCAUUCCAAUUAAGUUAACAUUCCAAUGUAAUUUUUGGUGUAAGGUAACUUUAUUUGCUUCAAUAUAAUUAAGAUAGCACUGGCAAUGUGCAAUAAUUUGUGAUCUUUUUGUCAUUUAAAGGGGUGGUUGUCUUCAGCGGUUGUAUGGUUAAUAUUUUGAAAUUAUGUAGUUUAUAAUUAGGUGAAAGUACCUCAAUCUAACAAAGCAUGGUUGUUAUAUCCACUAAAGAUAAAUAUUUAUAUAUUGUUAUAGAGAUCAUAGUUUACCUAUUUUACAAAAGAAAUCACCAUAUUUUUUUAAUAAAUUAUAUUUUUUACUGAA